AUGUUAUGUGUCUUAUUUGUUUAUUUUUGCAUUGCAGUGAAUGAUCUAGGAGGGGACUUCAUGGGAGUUGGUAAAGGCUCCUUAGCUGCUGAUAAGGUUGUUGAAGAAAUAAGAAGGAAAGGCGGAAGAGCAGUGGCCAACUAUGAUUCAGUGGACGCAGGAGAGAAGGUUGUGAAGACAGCACUGGAUGCUUUUGGAAGAAUAGAUGUUGUGAUCAAAAAUGCUGGAAUUUUGAGGGACCGUUCCUUUGGUAGAAUAAGUGAUGAAGACUGGGAUAUCAUCCAGAGAGUUCAUUUGCGGGGCUCAUUCCUGGUGACCCGGGCAGCGUGGGAUCACAUGAAGAAACAGAAAUUUGGAAGGAUCAUCAUGACUUCAUCGGCUUCAGGAAUAUAUGGCAACUUUGGCCAGGCAAAUUAUUGUGCUUCAAAGCUGGGUCUUCUGGGCCUUUCAAAUUGUCUUGCAGUUGAAGGCGAGAAAAGCAACAUUCAUUGUAACACUAUUGCCCCUACUGCUGGAUCACGGUUGACCCAGAACAUUUUGCCUGAUGAUCUUCUGGAAGCUCUGAAGCCAGAUUACGUGGCACCCCUGGUCCUUUGGCUUUGCCAUGAGAGUUGUGAGGAAAAUGGUGGCUUGUUUGAGGUUGGAGCAGGAUGGAUUGGAAAAUUACGAUGGGAGCGGACCCUUGGAGCCAUUGUAAGACAGAGGACUCAGCCAAUGACUCCUGAGGCGGUGAAGGCUAACUGGACGAAGAUCUGUGACUUUGAUAAUGCCACCAAGCCUCAGAGAAUUCAAGGUAAAGAGUCCCAAGUCAGUUCGGUCCUGGUUGGCCUGACAUCAUGCAGUCAGUUCAUGAAUGCCCGCGAAGGUUCUGCAGCAGGCUUGCUGGAUGUUAUAGGAAUGAUCGUCUAA